CUCUCCCCCUUCACCACCAAAUUUCCAGGCACUCACGCGCCCCGAGACUACCGCUUUUACUACCCUCUCUCCGCCACGACAUUAAUUCUUCGUCGCCUGAGACCACCAUCUCAACCAGCGUCAACUUACAGCGCUUCUCGCACUGCACCCCGCACACCACACCUUCGCGUCACGACUAGACACACCCACUCUCACAAUGGCACGUCCUACUAAGAAGCAGAUGGAGGAGGCUAAGAAGUCCGCCGCCGCCUCUGCUCCCAUCGUUGCGCCUGCACCUCUCCCCAUCGCCAUUCCUGCCGUCCAGCCUGCUCCCCUUGUCGCUCCCGGCCUGGUUCACCAGCAGCCUCGCCACAUUGACCCCGAGGGCUUCAUUCGCGUUCGCGACUCGGUCCAUCAGCGUCUCCUCACCAUCUUGGAGCUCAUCAAGUCGUUCUCUGUCGACUACUACCGCCAGACCAACCUGCUUCUGGGCGAGUCCGCUAAUGAAGGCAUCCCGGGCAUUGAUAUCCCCAUUACCAACCUUGAGCAUGCCGCCCAGCACCUCGUGGGCAUCAACGGCCUGAUGCAGGCGGGCCCUGAGAAUGGCGCCCCCCAUCGCAGAGAAGAAAAAGGAGCGCAAGAAGCGCACCCCACGACCCCCAAUGCCCCCAAAGCGCCCCCCUGACUCCCUA